GAAGUACUCGACGUUAUCAAUUUUGUGACAUCUUGAUUCGGAGAGAACGACCGCCGAUGACCUACUUAGGCUCUUCGCUUCCCACACGUUCUUUCUGUGUCUAGCUUUCUCCAUUCUCGCCUUUCCACGUUCAGCGUACAUCAUGACGCGACGCAGUAGCAGUUUUGGGAUGCAGGGUCCGGGCAUCGCUGCAGGCACUGGUGAAGAUCUCAUGAGAAGUUUAUCACGCACUUUCUCCGGCAAAUCGCACCAUUCUGACCGCAGAGAUGGUGACCGAAGAUGGGACGACGCUGAAGGCAGUGGGGAUGAUGGUUCAGCCGAGACUAAAAUCGACGAGUGGAAACUGGCCUCCGUCGUCAAGGGGAUGCCGCUCAACGAUCAGGCAGAGGGCAGGAAGCUGGGCGUAACCUGGAGUGGACUGACAGUGAAGGUUGUGCCAUCAGACGCGAUGCUACAAGAAAAUGUGCUAAGCCAAUUCAACAUUCCGCAACAGAUCAAGGAAGGACGAAAUAAACCGGGUUUGAGGACCAUCCUAGACAGAAGCUCGGGAUGCGUAAAGCCUGGAGAGAUGCUGCUUGUUUUGGGGAGGCCAGGGAGCGGUUGCACCACCCUAUUGAAGAUGCUAGCGAACAAGCGCAAAGGAUACUCUGAAGUAGAAGGCGACGUGCACUGGGGCACUCUAGAUGCCAAAGCAGCGCUAAAACAUCGUGGAUCUAUCGUCAUCAACACUGAAGAAGAGCUCUUCUUCCCGACGCUUACGGUGGGAAAGACCAUGGACUUCGCAACGCGCCUCAAUAUACCCCACCACCUGCCUAAAGAUACCGAUAAGGCAGAGGACUUCCGUUUGAAGUUCAAAUCCUUUUUGAUGGAUUCCAUGGGUAUCUCGCACACCGCAGAUACGAAAGUCGGCGACGCCUAUGUCCGCGGUGUAUCCGGCGGUGAGAGAAAGAGAGUGUCGAUCAUAGAGACGCUGGCCAACAGAGCAAGUGUCGUGUGUUGGGAUAACUCGACCCGCGGAUUAGAUGCUUCGACUGCUUUGGAAUACACAAGAGCGCUUCGAUGUUUGACCGACGAGUUGGGUGUUGCUACAAUCGUCACGUUAUACCAAGCUGGAAACGGGAUAUACGAUCUAUUCGAUAAGGUCCUUGUCCUGGAUGAAGGCAAACAAGUCUUUUACGGUCCACUUCAAGAGGCUCGGCCCUUCAUGCAGUCUCAAGGCUUUGUCUGUGGCGACGGUGCCAAUGUUGCUGACUUCUUGACCGGCGUUACUGUGCCAAGCGAGAGAGAGAUUCAUCCAGACUUCGAAUCAAGAUUUCCACGCAACGCGGGCGAGCUCGAGCUCGCGUAUCGCCAGUCUCAUAUCAAGGCCAAUAUGGACCAAGAGUUGAACUACCCGACGACAGAAGAGGCCAAGAACAACACUCGUCGCUUUUGCGAAGCAAUGAUGCUCGACCGAUCACCUCGUCUUCCGAAGUCAUCACCCAUGACUGUAUCGUUUCAGGACCAGAUAAAGGCUUGCAUCAUUCGGCAAUAUCAAAUACUCUGGGGAGACAAGGCUACCUUUUUUAUCAAGCAAGGUUCAACUAUUGUCCAGGCACUUAUCGCCGGUUCUUUGUUCUACAAUGCCCCAGCGAACUCGAAUGGCUUGUUCAUUAAGGGCGGUGCGUUGUUCACGGGAUUGCUAUACAAUGCCUUGGUCGCGAUGUCCGAAGUUACCGACUCCUUCGCCGGCCGCCCAAUACUCGCCAAGCACAAAAAUUUCGCCUUCUAUAACCCUGCAGCUUUCUGUCUGGCCCAAAUCACUGUGGAUAUUCCCAUUCUAUUCUUUCAGGUUACCGUCUUCAUUGUUAUUCUAUACUGGAUGACGUUCCUGAAGGCGACCGCAGCCGCAUUUUUUACAUGUUGGUUCGUGGUCUACUUAACUGCUUUCACCAUGACUGCAUUGUUCCGCAUGAUCGGCGCUGCCUUCCCAUCAUUCGACGCUGCCUCGAAGGUUUCCGGUUUCUCCGUGACGGCCUUGAUUCUCUAUAUUGGAUACCAGAUUGCAAAGCCUGCAAUGCACCCCUGGUUUGUCUGGAUCUAUUGGAUCGAUCCUCUAUCCUAUGGAUUUGAAGCUGUGAUGGCCAACGAGUUCAAGGGAACAAUCAUACCCUGUGUAAACAACAAUCUCAUUCCGAAUUAUUUACCCCAGUACCUCGAUCCUAAGCACCAGUCUUGCGCUGGUGUUGGCGGAGCUGCUCCGGGUGCUAUUUCAGUCUCUGGAGAGGACUACCUCGCUAGUCUAUCGUAUUCUCCAACUCAUAUCUGGCGCAACGUUGGCAUCCUUUUCGCAUGGUGGGUGUUUUAUGUAGGCCUCACAGUCUUCUUCACACUUCGAUGGGACGACACCGCAGGAUCUUCCGGUCUCGUUCUCAUCCCUCGCGAGACAGCCAAGCAAGUGCCGGCUCAGAUCAUUUCCCCGAACGACGAGGAAGCUCAGGUUACUGAGAAGGCCCCUCGGAUUCCGGCUAGCGGCAAUGAAGAUGCUAACGCUAGUGAUGAUGAUGCCGAAAGGUCGCUCAUCCGGAAUACAUCGAUAUUCACAUGGCGUAAUCUGUCCUACGUAGUGAAGACUUCGUCAGGAGACCGGACUUUGCUGGAUAACGUCCAUGGAUAUGUGAAACCGGGCAUGCUUGGCGCCCUCAUGGGAUCUUCAGGUGCUGGUAAAACAACUUUACUGGAUGUUCUGGCUCAGCGCAAGACCGAGGGUACGAUCCACGGAGAGAUUUUGGUAGACGGUCGCCCCCUCCCUGUAUCUUUCCAACGCUCCGCCGGAUACUGUGAACAGCUUGACGUACACGAGCCUUUUGCUACCGUCCGAGAGGCCCUAGAAUUUUCAGCUCUCCUUCGUCAAAGCCGAGAUACGCCACGCGCUGAAAAGAUCGCCUACGUGGAUACUAUCAUUGACUUACUCGAGCUUCACGACCUGGAACAUACACUUAUCGGUAGACUCGGCGCUGGUCUCUCUGUGGAGCAGAGGAAGCGCGUCACCAUUGGUGUUGAGCUAGUCUCGAAACCAUCCAUCUUGAUCUUUCUAGACGAACCAACCAGCGGGCUUGAUGGACAAGCAGCGUAUAAUACUGUCCGCUUCCUAAGGAAACUAGCUGAUGUUGGACAAGCUGUCCUUGUUACUAUUCAUCAGCCUUCCGCUCAGCUGUUUGCACAAUUUGAUACUCUGCUCUUGUUGGCGAAAGGCGGAAAGACUGUUUACUUUGGCGAGAUUGGCGAUAAUGCAAACACGAUCAAAGAGUACUUCGGACGACAUGGAAUGCCCUGCCCCCCAGGCGCCAACCCGGCUGAGCAUAUGAUUGAUGUAGUCUCUGGUUCCAAGUCUACCCGAGACUGGAACAAGAUAUGGAUGGAGUCACCAGAAGCUGCCCGUAUGCAUCAAGAUUUGGACAACAUUAUCACCGAUGCUGCCAACAAGGAACCAGGAACCAAGGACGACGGCCAUGAAUUCGCUACUACCAUCUGGACACAAACCAAACUUGUCACUCAUCGAUCAAACGUCAGUCUUUAUCGCAAUAUCGACUAUGUCAACAACAAAUUUGCCUUGCAUAUCGGCGUAGCGCUAUUCAUUGGUUUCUCGUUUUGGAAUAUUGGAAACUCAGUCCAGGAUCAACAGCUUAUUCUCUUCGCUCUAUUCAACUACAUAUUUGUUGCUCCUGGUGUGAUCGCUCAACUACAGCCUUUAUUCAUCGAACGUCGCGAUGUCUACGAAGCCCGGGAACGCAAGUCAAAGAUGUACCACUGGAGCCCUUUCGUCACUGGUCUUAUUGUUUCCGAACUUCCUUAUCUUGUUAUUUGCGCCGUCCUUUACUUCGUGUGUUUUUAUUACACGGCUGGUCUGCCGAACGACUCCAAUAAAGCCGGUGCUACCUUCUUCGUCAUGCUAGUCUAUCAGUUCAUCUACACUGGCAUGGGCCAGUUCAUUGCUGCCUACGCACCAAACGCCAUCUUUGCAUCGCUUGUCAACCCGUUGGUUAUCUUCACGCUGGUCUCGUUCUGCGGUGUCCUGGUUCCCUACACUCAGAUUCAGCCUUUCUGGAGAUAUUGGAUGUACUACCUGAACCCAUUCAACUAUAUGAUGGGCGCGCUACUCGUUUUCACGGACUUUUCCUGGAAAGUUGAGUGCAAGGAGACAGAGUUCGCGCGCUUCGAUCCACCUUCCGGUCAAUCAUGUGCGCAGUAUCUUGAAGCAUGGCUUCAAGGCCCGGGCUUGAGCAACAACCUAAUCAAUCCAAAUGCCACUAGCCAGUGCAAAGUCUGUCAAUACUCAGUUGGCAAAGACUACCUCGCCACCCUCAACUUAGGCGAAUACGUUUAUGGCUGGCGUGAUGCGGGCAUUUGCGUUAUCUUCGCACUGUCAGGCUAUGCCUUGGUGUACUUACUCAUGAAGUUGAGGACCAAGGCAACUAAGAAAGCCGAGUGAUCGCAAGUCACCCGCAUAAUCUGGCUAUGUAUACAGCUUCUCCAUCGCUGGGUUGACGUUAUGCAUCGACCGACCCGCAUCUCCAACC